AUCGCCAUCAACAUAAUGGCGUCCGUCAGCAAAUAGUUCUCUUUUCGGAGUCGUGUGCGUGUAGUGCUUUCGUGGCAACGCGGUACAAUGUGUUUAUCGGCAGCGAACUAGGUGCGGCCAGAAAACAGUUCAAGCAUGAAGGCUUUAAUUCUUGUGGGUGGUUACGGCACAAGGCUUCGGCCUCUUACUCUCAGUCGACCAAAGCCUCUGGUUGAAUUCUGCAACAAGCCCAUGAUGAUGCACCAAAUUGAAGCUUUAGUGGAGGCUGGAGUGACGCAAGUCAUAUUAGCUGUGAGCUACCGUGCUGAACUGCUUGAAAAAGAAAUCAAGGCUGAAGAGAAGAAGCUCGGAGUAAAGAUUACAUUGUCUCAAGAGGAGGAACCCCUCGGAACUGCGGGACCACUCGCCCUUGCAAAACAUUUGCUCACCAACGAUAAUGAGCCAUUCUUCGUGCUCAACAGCGAUGUCAUCUGUGACUUCCCGUUUAAAGAAAUGGUUAACUUCCACAAACAUCAUGGGAAGGAAGGCACUAUUGUGGUCACUCGUGUUGAAGAACCUUCGAAAUACGGAGUCGUCGUAUAUGAUGAAGUGGGACGUAUUGAACGCUUUGUUGAGAAACCCCAGGAGUUUGUUUCAAACAAGAUCAACGCUGGCCUCUACAUAUUCAGCCCUGCCAUACUGCAUCGCAUCGAGGUAAAACCAACAUCGAUUGAAAAAGAAGUGUUUCCUGCCAUGGUGAAAGACAAUGAGAUUUAUGCCAUGGAGCUGCAGGGCUUUUGGAUGGACGUUGGGCAACCAAAAGACUUUCUGACGGGCAUGUGUUUGUACCUCCAGUCUCUCAGGGCACGGUCGCCGCACCUGCUGCUCGCGUCAGAGGCUGGAAUUGUGGGAAAUGUCCUUGUGGACCCAAGUGCCAAAAUAGGAAGGAACUGCCGCAUUGGACCAAAUGUUACGAUAGGUCCGAAUGUUGUAAUUGAGGAUGGUGCCUGCAUCAAGAGGUGCACAUUGCUUAACGGAGCCACAGUCAAGUCUCACUCGUGGCUGGAAUCCUGUAUCAUUGGUUGGCGCUGCACUGUGGGGCAGUGGGUACGAAUGGAGAACACUUCUGUCCUGGGGGAGGAUGUCUACGUCAAAGAUGAAAUCUACAUUAAUGGUGGAAAGGUGCUACCACACAAAGCAAUUUCAGAGUCUGUAACAGAGCCUCAAAUCAUCAUGUAAUGUACAACUGUAAGGAUUUCUCGAAGCUCACAAAAAAAAGGGGUUUGGGGUUUGUUGUGCCUUUAAGGCUAUUUUCUUUUUUAAUGUUUUCAUACAACGACGGAGUUUUACACAAGGGACCACGGGUGUUUGCCUUGUUCUGAAGGUGAUGCAAAACGAAGGUUUUGUAAAUAAAGUGGCAUUAUUUGGCUCUUGCCAAGCAAUCGUAUCGUACAAAGU